CAGGUGGAGGUGUGGACAGGUAGACACGCGCGCACUCAGAGAUUGAAGUUUACCUGCAGACCAGGUGAGAGAGGCAGGCUGGAUCCGCAGUAUGCUGAGGGAGUCCCCUCACCUGGAAAGAUGUACGUGAGCUACCUGCAGCUGGACAAGGACCCCGCCAUGUACCCGCACCAGAACCCGGUCACGCGCCACCCGGGCCUGAGUCUCAGCCCGCAGAACUUCUCGGUGCCCGCCCCCCCGCAGUACCCGGACUUCGCCUCCUACCACCACCACCACCACGGCAUCGGCAACGAGCAACACCCGGCCCAGCAAGCCCCGCCGGCGGCCGGUGGCUGGAGCCCGGCAUACCCGCCUCCUCCGCCCGCGCGGGACGACUGGUCCUCGCAUCCCUACGCGCCUCCCGCGGCCUCCUCCGUGACCGGUGCGGUGGGCACCACCCUCGGAUUCGGGCCCACGGAGUUCCCCGGCCAGCCGCCUGCGCUGAUCCCCGCCUCCCUGAACGCCUCCGCGGGGCCACUGUCCCCCGGCUCCCCGCGGAGGAGGACCCCGUACGAGUGGAUCCGCACCUCCGCGCCGCCCAGCAACCCCAAUGGAAAGACACGAACUAAAGACAAAUACCGAGUGGUUUACACCGACCACCAGCGGCUCGAGCUCGAGAAGGAGUUUCACUACAGCAAAUACAUCACCAUCAGAAGGAAGGCGGAGCUUGCCACGGCACUCAGUCUGUCAGAGAGACAGGUAAAGAUUUGGUUUCAGAACCGGCGAGCAAAGGAGCGCAAGAUCAACAAGAAGAAACUCCAACAGCCGGCUUCCUCAACCACUACGCCAACCCCUCCCACCGGCAGUAACGGCAGCGGCGGAGGAGGUGGAGGCAAUGGCCUCCAUGCAAACGGGAGCAGCAACGUCGCGAUGGUGACAAGUAGCAGUGGGAGCAACGGGCUGGUGUCUCCUUCUCUAGCUCUGAACAUCAAAGAGGAGUACUGAGGACGAUGUUUUAUUGGACACUGACUUCGGGAUGUGGACUAAAAAUCCUGAACUACAGACUGAGACAUUCAUCCUGCACAUUGCUGUUUGCCUUCUUAAAGCUAAAGUUCACUGAAAAUCAGAGAAAUCUCAAUGAGACAUUUUGCUAACAACUUCCAGUCCAUCAAAUAAUUCCCUGUUGUGAUUGGAUCUGAACAAAAAGGAAUCUCUGCAGGUGAUUUCCAUCUGUCGAAGGAUUGGUCAGUCAUUAAAGGACAACCAUUCGAUGUCCAAGACUAACUUUGUGGUGGGUGGAGCUCUGUAUUUGGGGAAAAACACAUUUUUCACCUGUGACAGAUGCUGUUGAGCUCAUCACUGCAAAUUGAUAUUUAUAAAACAAGUUUUUUCAAACUCUUUAAACAAAAGCCCGAGUAAAAUAACAGAGGUACUAAAUAUAAUGCUGACUUUGUGUGCAUUGUCUUCUCACACAGAAUAGUCUCUCUCCUUUUUCUUUCUUUCUUUUUGUGAAAUAUUCGUGAGUGUAGUGUUUUAAAUAUUUCAUUUAGCUCUAUGAAGAGCUGCAGCAGGAAGAUACAGGAUACAAACUGUACCGUCAGUGUGGAAAACAGUCGUUUUUUAACACUAAAUAUACUUUAAAGAGGGUAUUUUCAAAUUAUAUUAAGUUUGUAGAAGUUUGUUUUCAAUUUAAUAUUGUUUCAAUGUUGUUAGAGUGAAAUCUUCUUAUUUGAUCCAAACACUAAACUAUAAAUGUUAUGAGUGUAGCAUGAACUAACAAGGUGUGGAAACAGCUGGUGUUCCUCACAGCGACAGCCCCGAUGUUACUGAUCAUAAAACUGUCUCGGAUUUCGUGCUAAUUUAAAUAUGACAACUUUUUUGUGUGAGCUUAAAACCCUCGAGCCAGAGCUGCUGCUGAACUCGGCUUGUGAAUUCAAAAACUAUCUUUUUUCAAAAACUAUGUUUUUGAAUGCAUGAAUAUGGCACCAUGAUUGCUUAAAAGGAAGUGCUCCUUUAGUUUGAGUCCAUUUUUAGUGUCACCCAGUUUAAUGCUGCAUUUAAUUGAAGCUGGAAAUUGGGAAUUUUCAAACACAGUGGACAAAGUCCAGAUAUUGAGCUCAGGGAAGUUCACGACUCACAACAUGUAGAACUCAACGUGGACAACUGUAGAAAACUAUUAGCUUAAGUGUUUGCAUGUCUUUCUGCAGCUUUCUUCAUGGUGAUUUUUAGGGACCAUCUACUUUCAGCCUGUUCAAUUAAUUUAAAGCUGGAAAUUAAGUAGUUAUAGAAAAGUUUUUACAAGCUGCUUGAGUAGAAUCAAAUGUGUUUACUUUGGACUCCAAAUUCUGAGACACUUGUAGUCUUGCAGAGUUUCAUAUUCAGUCAGUUAUACCAAGAAGUAACCAUUUAUUUAAAUUUGCCAUCCAUCAAUAUUUCAGGAGAUUUAGAUGUGACACACAGGAUGAAAUUCUGAUUUUGAGAGCAGAUUCUGGAUUUUUGGAUGUUUAUUUUUAACAUGUUAGUGGAAUAACUCGUCCUGAGACAUUUCUAUGUCCACGUGCUUCUUAAAAAAAUCAAAUAUUUUUUUAUAUUUUGAACUGAUUUUUCAACCAGGAAAGUUUUGUCUUUAUUUAAGACUUGAGCUUUGUACAUGAGAAGGUUAAAUGAGACUUCCGUAGGCAUUGGUGCCCACUUCAACAGAAACCUUUGUUUCAUGGGGUUUGGUUCUUAGCCUCACAUCAGCUCAGAUGUCAUCAAACUGACCCUGAUUCACUUUUUUUGCAUCAUGUGAUCAGCUCAUGUUUUACUACUCAAAACAAAUCUAGCAUUCAUAAGUCUCUUCAGGGUCUUUGCACUGUUGUUUCACUGAAGCCUUGGAUUCCUUACUCUUUACUAAAUUAAGUGUGUUUUUCUUUUUAAGAUAUAAGAAAGUCACUGAAGUGACGCCACCCAAUGUUCUAAAUAGAUCCUGUAAUUUGUUUGUUUUUUGGUUGGGUGUGUUUUGUCUCGUUAAAGUGGAUUAUGUUCAUUUCCAGCUCCAUGUUUUAUUCUCGAGCUCUGUUAGAGCUUUUCUUCAUUAAGGGCUCAUAACAAUGAUUCCCGAUUGGCCUUGGUGCAGUGCCCUCCAACUUUAAAGCACACUUUCUUCUGAUUGGUAGCCUGCUGACGGUGUCCAUGUUUAACAUGAACAUCUACCACUGCAGAUGAAAUGGGUCCACUUUAAACUUGUACCCCAAAGUCUCUGGAAGCAAACAGAAGCAUGAACUGAUUGCUUUUCUUGUUGUUUUACUGGCUGGUGGCCCAAAGGGUUAAAGCAACAUGUUUGUAAUGUGAAACGGGUCCAGCAGAUCACCUGUUAGCAUAUUAAAGGCCCAGUGUCUUCAGUUCACUCAGGAUCUUCUUCAGGUGACAGAGAUUUAGUCAGCCAGGUUACAGUAAUGCUGAUUGUAAUGGAUAAAGCUGUGAAAGUAGCAAUCCUGGUUUCUGUGUAUGGUAGUUAAACCUGAUUUUCCUGGUCACUGCAGCACCUGGAGCUGGUUUCCAGCACUGAGUGGGUUAUUUUUCUCUUUUUUAAUGAAAUUGUUCACUUUAGAAUGAUACGUGACAAAAACAAAAACUUUUAAGUCCUCACAUUUCAGAAGUUGCAAGGAUUUUACUUGACUUUAGACUAUUAAACUGAGACACUGUGAGAAAAAGCUGUUUUUCGGUCGACUUCAACAGACAAAAUACUAACAUGAUAUCAGAACAGGAAGCUACAUCCCUCCAGAAUAAGGCCCAGAUGGGACUACUUUCACUAAUCUGGUUACUUUAGUGCUUGUAAACCUAUUUAGUGGCACAUGGAUGAGUGAAGCAGUGGUAUGAGUGAGUAAAAUCAGUCAAAUCUUUUUUGUUGUUCUGCUCUACAUACAGUGAAUGUCUUGUAAAUGUUUAUGAUCUCACCUGUCAGACUUUAUCACAUGUAUAUUUUCAAAUGUAAUUUUUAUU